UCCCCUCGUCCCGAUGAGGCUGAGCAAGAACGCUCUUGCCACUGGCUUCGAAGCUACCUGGGUCCAAGCAAUGGAGAUCAAUUUGCCCAGUAUUUCUCUCGGCUUUAUGACGUCACAUGGAAACAGCAUCCUUUAAACAAUGCCCAAGGUUCCAUUCCAAGUAGCCACCAAGGGCUUCCAGAGCAGGAAACGGAUAAUCUCCUGAUGACCACAUGCCAUGGAACAGACAAUAAAUGGCUGAACGCAUACGUCAACCAUGUGACCAAACUUCUCAUAACCACAGCCUACAGCAUCAUGGACGAUGCUGCUAUCCUUAAAAAAAGGGGCUACAUCAUGGGCGGGAAUUUAGGGGAAGGGUCAUAUGCCAAAGUGAAAUCUGCCUUCUCGGAACGGCUGAAGUUCGAUGUAGCUAUCAAAAUCAUUGACCGGAAGAAGGCGCCUCCCGAUUUCUUGGAGCGGUUUCUCCCGAGAGAAAUAGAUAUCUUGGCCAAAGUCAACCAUCACUCCAUCAUCAAAACCUACGAGAUCUUCGAGACCUCCAAUGGCAAAGUCUACAUUGUGAUGGAGCUCGGUGUCCAGGGAGACUUGUUAGAAUUCAUCAAGCUGAAAGGGGAGAUGCCCGAAGACAUCGCUCGCAAGAUGUUCCGUCAGCUGGGCGCCGCUAUUAAAUACUGCCACGACAGCGACAUCGUGCAUCGGGAUUUGAAGUGCGAGAAUCUUCUCCUGGACAAAGAUUACCACAUUAAACUUUCGGACUUUGGCUUCGCCAAGCGCCUGGUUCGGGACGAAGACGGCAAAGUUAUUUACAGCAAAACCUUCUGCGGUUCUGCUGCUUACGCCGCCCCGGAGGUCUUACAGGGAAUCCCUUACGAGCCCAAAAUUUAUGACAUGUGGAGUCUGGGUGUUAUCCUCUACAUCAUGGUCUGUGGCUCCAUGCCUUACGACGACUCGAACAUCCGGAAAAUGUUACGGUUGCAGAAGGAGCACAGGGUCCAUUUCCCCAAGUCCAAAAACCUGACCAUCGAAUGCAAGGAUCUCAUUUAUCGCAUGCUUCAACCCGACGUGUCCCGACGGUUGCGCAUCGAGGAGGUUUUAAGUCACAUAUGGGUGCAGCCCGGCAAAAUCAGAGCGAUUUCGGCCACGUCCGUCGGGAAGAACGGAGAGAGUUCGCGGAGCACGGGCGAGCAAAAGCCAGAGCACCGAUCCGAACGGGAGAAGAACCACAAAAGCGAAUCCAAACAGACCAUCGGCUCCAACGCGGCUCCUCGGCUGGAAGCGGUUGAAGAAGUGGAGGAGGUCGCUGAAGUAGAGAAGCAUGAUGAAGAAGUGGAGAAGAUUGCAGAAGAGUUCGAAACCAACCUUUGACGUUCAACGGAUGCCCUCGUCCCCAAAGCUGCAAGACCCUCACUAACAGGUCGCCCAGGUAACCGG